UUACACAAAAUGCCAGACCUCGCCAAUCUCUCUCUCUCCUCAUCGCUAGCCCUAGCUCGGUGUCCGGCUCUCAAGCCGCUCUCUGACGACUCUGCCGCCGAGUCGCCAAGUGCCGACUCGUCCGCGCAGGUUCUUGCAUUGACAACCGAUGGAGACUACUGUGAUGAUUGGGAUCGGAGCUCGAGGCUUGAGGCUUGUGGUAAUGGAAAUGGGAGUGCCAUCAAGGUUGUGAGGCGGAGCCGCGGCUCAAUUGUGCGAGCCAAGAAAGUGAGCUGUUUUGAGGAACACGUGAUGGCUUGGAUUCGGAAGAAGAUGGAGUUAGGAGCCUUGCCGUCAAAAUAUUACCUUCCGUUUCUCAACGGUGCGCAGAAAAUGGCUGAAUGCCUUGUUUGCCAUAAGACCAUCUACCCUGGGGAGGAGUUGUUAUGCACAGUUCGUGGUUGCCAAGGAGGAUAUCACCUAAUAUGUGCAAAAGAAAGACUUGGGAUCUCUAAUACCAAAAAAUUCAAGUGUCCGCAACAUGCAUGCUUCAUUUGCCGACAGAAAUUGCAGUGGCGAUGUGUGCGAUGUGAAAUAGCAUCACAUGAUAAAUGCGCACCAUGGUCAGAUAAAGUAAUUCAUUUGAAAGACCAACCAGGACGAGCAAUUUGUUGGAGACAUCCAGCUGAUUGGAAGCUAGAUCAGAAGCAUGCAGAGGCAACAUGUGAUAUAGAGGAAGUUUUUUCUCGCUUGCCUCUACCUUAUGUCGAUGAGGAGUUCAAGAUUGACUUCACAUGGAAAGAUCUCGUGGGGAAUAAAUUGGAGCCGCCUCCAUAUGUUCACAUAAAGCGCAAUAUUUACCUUGUAAAGAAGAAACGUGAUAAUUCUGAUGAUGGAAUUGGAUGCACAAGUUGUAGAUCUGAAUGCUGUGAGGACUGUGUGUGCAGGGUUCAAAGCAUUAGCUGCUCAAAGGCUUGCCACUGUUCAGAAAAUUGCACCAAUAGACCAUUCCGCAAGGAAAAGAAGAUCAAACUUGUCAAGACUGAAUUUUGUGGGUGGGGGGUGGAGGCUGCUGAACCCAUCAGUAAAGGAGAGUUCAUUAUCGAGUAUAUAGGGGAAGUAAUUGAUGAUGCUUUGUGCGAACAAAGGCUGUGGGACAUGAAAUACAGAGGAGUAAAGAACUUUUACAUGUGUGAAAUUCGAAAAGACUUUACAAUUGAUGCAACUUUUAAGGGGAAUACAUCUCGUUUUCUAAAUCACAGUUGUGACCCCAACUGUAUAUUGGAGAAAUGGCAAGUUGAGGGGGAGACACGUGUAGGCGUUUUUGCCACUCAAUCAAUAAAAGUUGGAGAACCUUUGACAUACGAUUACCGAUUUGUGCAAUUUGGGCCUGAGGUGAAAUGCUAUUGUGGAGCUCCAUCCUGUCAGGGAUACCUUGGAACCAAAAGAAAGGUGAGUAAACUAAACCUUUGCUGGGGUUCAAAACGGAAGAGAACUUCCACUGCUUGCCUAGCUAUCAUAACACUAUGAUUUGUUUUCACAAUCUGUCAUGUUGUACAUCAUAUUUUCAUGUAAUAUUUUGCAAAGUGAAGAAAAGAUAGAAACAGCAAGAGAGAACAUCAGUCUGAAGGUAUAAACUUCCAUUUAAAAGAUAAAAAAAUUGUGAUUUUUGUUGAUUUGUCUUAUUGUCCUGACCUUUUCCCCAGAAUUUUCGGGUAGAUUGUUGAAAGAUUGAAACGAACACGUUAUUGAUUUCCCUUUGUUGGGUUACUCAAUGGGUAUUUUCAUGAAUAAUAAUUUUUUAUUUUA